GCCCUUUCCAGCGCUAGAAAGAUGGCGGAGUUGGACAUUGGGCAGCACUGUCAGGUGGAGCACUGCCGGCAGCGAGAUUUUCUUCCAUUCGUUUGUGAUGGUUGUUCAGGAAUCUUCUGCCUUGAACACAGAAGCAAGGACUCUCAUGGUUGUCCUGAGGUAACUAUAAUCAAUGAGAGAGUUCAGACAAAUACACAUAAAUCUUACCCGUGUUCCUACAAGGACUGUACUGAGAAGGAGCUUGUGGCAGUCAUAUGUCCAUUCUGUGAGAAGAAUUUUUGCUUAAGACAUCGUCAUCAGUCAGAUCAUGAGUGUGAAAAACUGGAAAUCCCAAAGCCUCGUAUGGCUGCCACUCAGAAACUUGUUAAGGACAUUAUUGAUUCCAAGACAGGAGAGAUAGCAAAUAAACGACGGAAGGGUGCCAAAAAUAGUGAGACAGCCGCAAAGGUUGCAUUGAUGAAAUUAAAGAUGCAUGCCGAUGGGGAUAAGUCAUUGCCACAGACAGAAAGAGUUUACUUUCAAGUUUUCUUACCAAAGGGGAGGAAAGAGAAGAGCAAACCCAUGUUUUUUUGCCACCGGUGGAGCGUAGGGAAGGUUGUAGACUCUGCAGCUUCCUUAGCCAGUCUUAAAAAUGACAAUAACAAGUUAACAGCUAAGAAAUUAAGAUUAUGUCACAGUACUUCAGGAGAAGCCUUACCCUUGGAUGAUACAUUGGAAAUGUGGAUUACUAAAGAGGAUUAUCCUUUAUAUAAUGGUGGAAAUAUUAUUUUGGAAUAUCUUGAUGCUGAAGAACAGUCUUUAAAAAAUAUUGAAUCUUACUUGGAAUAGUCAUUGAAGGAUUCAAGCUGGAAUCACACACACAUAAAAAUUCUACAUACAUGUUUAAAUGUUUAAGAAAAUUACUUUUAUUAGAGAUACUGUUUUUGUUUUUGCUCUUUUUAUAUGCCGAUACGGGGGCUUGAACACAGGGUCUUGCAGUCUUGCUUGGCUUUUUCCCUCAAGACUUGUACCAUCACUUGAAUCAUACACUUCUGGCUUUUUGCUGGUUGAUUAGGGAUAACAAUCUCUCAGCUUUGUUUGCUUGAGCUGGCCUCGAACCAAGAUCUUCAGAUCUCAACUUUCUGAGUAGAUAGGAUUCCUACUAUGAACUACCAGUGCCUGCCUUGUUUUUACUUUCUAAAGUUGCUUUUUAUUUUCAUUAUGUCUUUUAUGUUUUUUACUAAGUUGUAAUUUUUGUGUUUUAAAGUUUAACUGUAUAUUGAUACCUAAUUAUUAUUAAAUUCUUAUAUUCACCCAGUUUUUAUUAGAUUCUGCUUUAAAACUAAGACAUGUUUCCCUGUUGAUGGGUAUCAGCUUUGCUUGGCUGUGGUACUUUUUAUUGUCAUCUUCAUCCCUCCUUUCUGUGAUUUUGUAGUUUUUAUGGCAGAGGGAGAAGGAGAUGGCAGAUGGCAGUUGGCUCUUAAAAGAUAUAUUUGUAACUUUUGCUAUUAGCAGGUCCCAUGGUCAAGCUUAAUAUUAAUGGACCAGAGUGUAUAGCCUAUAUCACAAUGCAUAAAUUGAUAAAUGAACUGUAGAAAUUUAGAGAUCAUCUCAUAGAGUUCCCUCUCCCCCUCUCCCCCCCCCCCCCAAGAUGUGUUUUGUUACAGCAUGUACCAGGCUUUGCUGCCUGGCCUUGAGCAUUAGCAGCCAUUGACGAUGUCUGCUUGCAACUCCAUUGAUGUAUACAAGCCUCCCUCUCAUUCAUUCUUAUAAUUUUUUUUCUGUCCCAAUGCCCAUCUCAACACCUCCAGUCUCCUAAAUUUUUGGAUAAGCAAUCACAGGCCUAUAAAGGGAAAAUUACUUUCUUGGUGUAACCUAGCUAUGCUGAGGUAUACUUCUGACAAAAAUAAUUCCCUCCAUUAAGACUCAUCUUUUAAAAAAUUUAUAUGAAUCUGUUAUAAAUAAGAACGAUGGUAUAGAUCAACUUCAUGAUAGCAAAAUGUGCUAAAAAAUAAGCACAUUUUACCAGUAAAGUGAAACUAGUGCUCCUGACUAAUAUUUUCUGUUUAUACUAUCAAAGUACUAUUAUAUGAAUGGAAUAGAAAUUAUUUCUGUUCUUUGUAUUGUACUAAUAUUAUGGACAUACAAUUGUUGUAAUUAAAAGAAUAAACUCAUUAUGUCUA